GACACGACUAAAGGCAGACCUUAAACGUGCUACUGACUGUUAGAACGAGGAAUGUUUUCAAGUCUCGAGUGACCUGAGUUACGCUUGGCUUCUGGCCGGGCCCUGCUGCUCCCACAUUGCAUACAGGUUAUUUAAGGGACCCUCUAACAUCAUUAGUCGCCGGAAGUGGCAGACUCUUUAGGUCGAGGGCUUCAGAAGCAGAAGGUUGCAAAGAUGCCCCCUGCUCGGCGAGGACGUGCUCGCGGUUUGGCGCUGGUUACUGAUUACUCUGAGGCAACUCUGCGACAGUUCCUGCAGCAAUUAGCUCGGCAGAAGAACAAGCGCGUAGAUGGCGUGUCGGAGCUCACGCGUCAGCAGUUGCACAACCUGUGCGUGUCGCUAAACGGUGUGGUCCAGGCAGCUCUGCGGGUGGGCCCGCCGUAUUGGGACCUGCCAGCGGAGGAUGCGGAGGACGAGGAUGUUGUGCGCAGCAAAGUCCAGGAUGCGGCCCGGACAUUGCAAGCCGCGGCGGCCCUGGUGGUGGAGCUGCUUACGGAGCGCGGCAACGAGCCACCGCCGGAGCAGCUGCGGGUCAUUGCACAGCAGCUACACGAGGUGCUUCUGGAGUACACACUCGCGGAGCCGCUGUGGGACGAGGAGAUGAUGGACGCCGUGGCGCGGAUGUGCUGCACGUGGUGGGAGCGCAAGGCGCCGUGCCGGGAGGACCUGGUCGCGCGCGCCAUCCCCUAUGUGCUGUGCCGCGCCGCGAACGGGCUGAACGAGAAGGGGAAGACGAGCUGGGUGCACACGGUGUAUUCGAUGCGCGACGCCCUGGAGCUGCUGGACUUUGAGGACGCUAACAUUCACGACACCAAGCGCAUGCUCCUGGUCGUGGCGAGAGACCCGGCGUUCAUCAAGGCUGCGGAGGGCCGCCGCUUCAUUGCAUUCCUGUUUAAGCUCCACCCCUCGCUCACCCAGGAGGUGGCAGCAAUCGUGCGCAACCAGAUCGCCUCUGGUCACCGCUCCGUGUUGGAGGCGUACGGAGAGAUUUUCUUCCGCGCCUGGCGCGACACCGUGGGCCCCUGCGCUGCCGAGGUGGAGAACGAGCUGCAGCGGCUCAUGCAGGCCGCCAUCCUGGCCUCCACGCCGCGGCUGGCGGCGUCGCUGCGAAUCGUGCUGAACAGUCUGCACAGCCACAAGCCGGUGGAGAAGCGCGUGGCGCCGCUGAUGGUGCGCCUGUACGACCCCAUCCUGCCCCGCGCAUUCGGCGCCGCGAACGCCGAGGUGCGCCGCAACGCCGUCAACCUACUGGCCGCGGCUUUCCCCAUCAUGGACCCUGAGGCGCCGGCCGUGGAGAACAACACGCGUAUGACGCAGCAGAUGUCCCUGCUAAUGGAGAGCCUGGCAGACAGCUGCCCGGUGGUGCGCGAGGCGGCGGCGGCGGGCUGCUGCCACGUGCUGGACCGCUACUGGGAGCUCAUUCCCGCCGCCACCAGCGCCAAGAUUAUGUCAGACAUCACCACCAAGCUGGCGUACGACGGCGCCUCCAAGGGCGUGCGUGUGGCGGUGCUGCGCGGCCUACGGCAGCUGGUGGACAACCAGAACGCCCAGCCGGUGCUCAAGAAGGCGCUGACGGGCGUGACGGCGCUGCUUCACGACGCCGAGCCGGUGGUGCGCGAGGCGCUGAUGGACCUGGUGCUGGCCGUCACCAACUGCCGCGACUUCAAGUUCUGGGAGCUCAUCGCACCCGAGGCGCUGCUGGAGGCGGUGGCGGCCGACGGCGACGAGGGCGUGGCGCGCAAGAUCGUGCGGUUGCUGCUGCCCAGCUACUUCCCCAACGCCGACAGCGGCGCGACCUACAUGGCCGCGCUGCUGCGUGCCAACCCGGGCGCCGCCCAGGCGCUGUGCCGCCAGCUGGUGUCGCGCUACCUGCCUGCGCCGUCCUCCCCCCACGACAGCGCCAGCCAGCCCGCGGACUACGGCAUCAGCGUGCCGCUGGAGCAGCUGGUGCAGGUUGCGUCCACGCUGGCGUCGCACCUGACCGCGACCGCGGGCUCGCUGCAGACGCCGGAGGAGGCGGCCGGCGCGGCGUCGCCACCCGCCAAGCGGCCCAAAGCGACGUCGAACAAGCGGGGCAAGAAGGGCGCUGCCGGUAGCUCCGCUGCAGUGGCGGGCAAGAAGCGCGCCAAGAAGAAGGAAGCACAGCCGGAGCCGGAGGAGGAGGAGGCGGACGCCGAUGAGCAGCACGGCGAGAGCGGUGGUGGCAGCGCGGCGUCUCGCGGUGCUGCUGUCGCGGACCAGGCGGCGGAUGACGAUGACGACGUGGUGCUGGUGCAGGAGCGCGAGACGGCCGACAGCUGGGUCAACAUCCUGGGCGGCCUGGCGCUGCUGGUGGAGGGGCUGGGGGCGGCGGUGACGGCGCGCGGCGUGGACGGCAACGAGGUGGCGGCGGUGUUUGAUGACGCGGGGCUGGAGGAGCUGCUGCGCGCGGCGGAGGAGGACGUGCGCAAGCCCGAGGCCAUGCGCCUGGUGCUGCGCAUGACGGCGUCCGUGCACUUCCUGCCCGCCGCCGCCCGCGCCCGCACGCUGCUGUACCGGCGCAUGACCAACGGCUGCGUCCCAGGCCUGGGCUCCGUGCCUGCUGAGGUGCUGGACGUGGCCGCCUCCGACCUGGGUGCGGCGGCGCACUGGGAUGACCCCGAGCUGCUGGCAGAGGCGCUCAAGACGCUGGCCACGGGCCACCACGCGCCCAAGCUGUUCGCCAUGCUGGCCGGCGCGCUGGGCGCACGCGAGCCGCAGCCGCUGCGCCGGCCCCGCAACGCCGACAAGGCCAAGGACAAGGCCAAGGCCGCUGCCGGCGGCAGUGGCCAGGACGGGCUCAUGGCUGAGCUGCUGGGGCUGGACAGCGCGGGGCACGAGGCGGACACGGACUGCUGCGAGCACGACGUCGCCUGCGUCAGCUGCAAGCGCGCCGAGCCUGCCGACACCAUGCUGCUGUGCGACGGCUGCGACCUGGGCUGCCACAUCGCCUGCAUGCGGCCGGCGCUGCCCGCGGUGCCCGCAGGCGACUGGCUGUGCUGGCACUGCGAGGCGCAGGUGCAGGGCACGGCGCUGCCGCCCGCCGCCGCCGGCCGCUGCGUGGCGCUGCUGCUGCAGAUGGACGAGCCGCGGCAGCUGCUGUGCAACCACGAGCUCUUUCCGCGCAUUAUCGAGCAACUCAAGGAGCAGGCGAACCAGGAGGCGGACGAGCUGUACUCUCUGGUGUACGCGGCCACCAACGGCGGCGCCGGCACCGACGAGGCCAACAGCGCGCCUGCCGACAGCGCCGCCGCCGCCGCGGCUGCUACAGCCGCUGCGGUGCGCGGCGCGCUGCUUGGCGACCCCUGGGGCGCCAUGACGCGCUACUGCCGCGCCUCGCUGCACCGCUCCAUGUGGGCGGCGAUGCCGCAGCCUCUGGAGCCGGCCGAAGGCGAGGAGGACGGCGACGAGGAGGAGGAAGAGGAGGAGGAAGAGGAGGAGGAGGAGCCGACCGGUCGGCGGAAGCGCGGCGGUGGCGCUAAGAAGACGAAGAAGGCGGCGGCGGCCGCGCGCACCCCGGCGCCAGCGGCACGCGGCGGCCGGCGGAGUAGCGCAGUCACGCCGGCCCGGCAAGGCUCAGCGCUGGCAGAGGAGGACAGGACCAGCAUCAUCUUUGAGAGCGUGGCCGCCAUUGACUACGCGUGCCAGGCAUGCAACGAGCUGGUUUCCAUGACGCUGGAGAGCAACUGCGGUCUGUCCGAGUACAUGUCGGUGCUGCACUACUGCCAGGGCCUACUGCGGGUCCUGCACGUGGUGCAGCAGACCGGCCUGGUCACCUGCACCCCCGACUGGGUCGCCGGCGCCACCACCUUCUGCAGCCUGCAGGCCGCGCUCAUCCGCGCCGCCGCCGGCAAGCUGGCGGCGGAGGCCGCCAACGAUGCUGGCGCCGCCGCCGCCGCAAGCGAGCGGCAGCAGCAGCAGGCGCAGCUGGCGGGCUCGCUGCAGGUGCUGCUGGGCGUGACACACCAGCUGGCAGAGAACGUACGGCGCACGCCGUUGCAUGCUGGCGGCGCCGCCGAUGCCGAGGCAGCGGGCGCCGCGACGCCGGCGCCGCCGCGGCGGCGGCUGAGCUCUGAGGGUGCCAGUGAGGAGGAGGUGCCGCUCUCGCAGCAGCUGGAGGGGCGGCUGGAGGCGGCUGCGGUGGAGGCGGAGGCGGGCGAGCAGGAUGGGGCGGAGAGGCGGCCGGCGGCGUCGCCUGGCGCGCUGGUGGAGGGGCUGUCGGUGGGACUGGUGGAGCUGCUGUGUGACGCGGCCCUGGCGCCGCUGCUACGCGGAGCGGUACGAGUAGCGGCGGCCGACCUACUAGGCGAGCUCCUGGCGGCGCCACGUCGGGCCGCCCGCUGCGGCUGGCUGGACACGCUGUGCCGCCGCACAGGCGAGGCCCUGUCCGCCGAGCCCGCAGCCGCGCAGGAGCUGUCCGCGCUGCUGCAGCCGGGCUCAGCAAGCUCUGCCGGCGCCGAUGCCGCCGAGCAAUCCCAGCAGCCCCAGCCGCAGCCGGAGAACGAUGAGGACGCGGCCAUGCCGGAGGCCGGCGAGGGGGCGCAGGGCGAGGGCGCGGACGGCUCGGUGCGCGGCGUGGUGCGCGGUGGCCAGCCGCCGUCGGGCCGCGGGGCGGGUGCCAAGAAGGCCAAGGCCGACGCCGCGGACGGCAAGGCCGACAGCGGCGCCUCGGCGGCGGCGGAGCAGCUGGAGCAGCUGCUGUCGCGUCUGAACCCGUCCCUGGGCAUCAUGGCGAACAUGCUGGAGCGCGUGUGCGCCGCGCGCAAGGCACACGGGCGGGCGAUGCUGCUGCUGGCGUCCGUGGCCGCCAAGUCCCUGACCGUGCCGCACGAGGCCAGCGACGGCGCCCAGCAGCGCAGGCAGCCCGCGCCAGGCGCCUCCGCCCUGGGAGCCACCGUCCUCCUGUGGCUGUGCCAGGCGCUGGCACCAGCCGAGGUGACCGCUGCGGCUGUGGCGUCGGGCCCGGCGGCGCAGCGGAACGAUGCGCGCCGCCGCGGCGGCGCAGUGGGCGGCCGCUAUGGCGCCCUGGCUCAGGAGGCGGCGGCGCAGGCGGUGCGGGAGGAAGCCAAGGCGGCCACACGCGCCCUGGGUGUUGUGCGGCGUGUGCUGGACGAGGGGCGUGCGCUGCAGCCGCUGCAGCCGCAGCAGGCGGCAGCGGCGGCAGCUGUGGUGGCCGCUGGCGGGGCGGGGCUGGUGGCACGCUCGCUGCUGCAGACCGUGGCAGCGGCGGCGGCGCGCUGAACGUAUGCGGACGCCUGCAUGAAAAGUGUACGAAGUAACGGGGUCGAGUCAAACACUGAUAGAAUAACCUGACGCCGCACGGAUCCCAAACACCAUUAGCGUGGUACGAACGUUCUGGUAACGGGAUUGAUGUUUCAUCAUGGCCAAGUCAAAGGCAUUAGCUAACCCGCCAUUUAUAAGGUACAGCACCAGUCGACACUAUGACACAUUGCGGCCAUGAAUUGUGGUGCCUUUGACGUACCAAGUGCAUGACGUGCUGACGUAUAGACGUGCCGACCAGGCUGGAUUUGUGGGGCAACACGCGUGCGACAUUGUUUUUGGUGGGUGUGCCCAAUGUGCGACCAGUUGGUGUCGUCGUCGUGCACUGUGGUUCGCCGGUACGGGAGUUGACUUUCUAGAGCUGCCGUACGCCGAGGACCUUCUUCGCAAAGAGGCUGCGGGGCAUUACCUGAACGCACGUAAUACUUUCCACA